CUUUGAUGCCAAUGCCAGGUCUUUAACCCACUCCUCUGGUGUAGUCUUUUGGUCACGUUUGGCACAGGUGACCCUGGAAGGAAAUCAUUUUGGAUUGCUUGAUUGUUGGAUGAUGAAAUAAAUUGACCAGGUUGGGUCUUGCUUUUACUGUUGCUGAUGGUAUGCUUGCACAUAUGCUUCUGGAAACUGCUCUGUCCAGCCCUAUCAGAGUUGUCUUGUUUAUUCUCAGGAGUACAGAUAUGGUUCAGAAGGGAGAGUAUACAAUUGUGUAACUGUGUUGGCCACAUAGUGUAAAACACUUCUUAAAAAAAAAGAGAUUGGAUUUUUUUUUUUCAUCACAGGAAUUAGAGCUCUACUCUGCUACAUGCCGUUUUGUGGAUGUUAAGUGUGUUGAGGACAGGUGGAUGUCAUAAUAAUCCCUACUAAUUCCUUGGAUUUUAUGCUAAGAAGCAAGGUCGACUUUUUGUUUCAAAUAGUUUACUAAAUAAUCCCCAACAGUUUUUUCUAAGAAUGCAGAUCUUAAAAAUGUGUGUGUGUGCAUGAACUAUGCGUAGUCACUAGUGGAGGGAUUUUCCCUUGCAAUAUGGGCGAGAUUCUAGUGGGUCACUGAAGAGGCAGGGAGGCUGCAAGAAGGAAAUGGUGUUUCAGGCAGAGAUAAAAAGGCUUCCCCACCCUCCCCCACCUUCUUAGAAAUCAUUGAAGGGAAAAGGGAGGGGGGAAUCCCUGCAUGCUCAAACUAGCACACACAAAUCUUCCAUAUUUGUCUUGAAAGGUACAGCAGUGCAGCUUUAAGCAUUGGAAAGUCCGCCCCCCUGAGGUAAUAGUAACCUUAGCCGAUUCCCCUCCUCCUCUGCAAAUGGGGGAUGAAAAAAAAUCCCUUGUUUUCAUUCAUAACUUUUUCUUCUUCUAUCCAGCUCUGCAUUCAUUGCUCUCUGUGAGCUCAGAUUGCAUGUGGGCAGUGCAACCACUGCCUCACCAGCCUGUUGCUGCUCCAUUUCUCUCAAGUCCACGGAAACCCAGAUUUUUGUAGGGCUUGUUCACCUUCCUACCAUUUUGAAGGCUAGUAAUGAAGUAAAUCAAGAAACAUGUCAGGCUUUGUCCCACAAAGCAUGGGACUUAAAACUAAUAAAAACAAUCCUGAUUUUUGAUAUCAGUUGUACAACUUACUAUCUAAGAGAAGUAGUCUUUUUUUUUUUUUUAACUUAAUCAGGCUAGAGCAUCCAAAACAUUUUAGAAAAUAAGUACCCUGGAACAAUCAGAAGUCACUUCCAAAUAAACUCUACUUUUUAAAGAAGGAACAAAAUAAUUACAUUCCAUCUUGCUAUUUUUUGUACAUAAUUAGAUUUUUGAAAGCCACAACGUUCUAAGAAAAAAAUUAUCUAAUUUCCAAUCUUCUCUUUUAUCCCAGUAGAAUUUUUUUGAAUAGUUUCUAGAACUUUAUGGAAAGGUUAUUGUGUGGAUUAUAUUUGUGUUCUGGCCUGUGGUGUCUGGGUGGGUGUAUAAAAAUGUGUUUCUAUAAGUAUGUGGAAAGUAGGGUAGCAUUUUUUGCUGGAAAGCAGUUAUUUAAUUUGUAUAAUUACUAAAUGGUAAGCUUCCGUUUAUAAUUAUAUUACCACAGUUUCAAAUGCUAUAGCUCAAUUUCUUACUUUCAAAGCAGCUCACAACAUGAUGUAUAAGAUGCAUACAACUUAAAUAUAUUAAAAAAAUUAAUGUGGCCUGUUUUAUAAAGCAGAAUAUUGUGAAUAUUUAGUUCAAAUUUUUUUCUCAGCUCUAAACUAGUUAGAUGACUUUCAGCUUUUUCGUACUGAGGUAUGAUGAGUCUUUGCAUACUAAAGGUUUAUGUGACAUUUUGGGCAUGUUGGUCAAGUGCUGCACAGCCUUAUUUUAUACCUUAUUUUACAUUAACUCAGAUGAGAAAUUAUGGGGAUAUUUUUCCAAAUCAUGGGCUGUAUCUCACUCAAAAUUGUCAUGGUCAAAAAUUGUCUUUGUGUAGAGCACUUUCCUCAAAAACCUGUAUUAACUGUUGUCACAGUGGUCUCAAGAAAGUAAAUACAGAUUCAAGUUUUGCUUUCUCUUUUUAAAAUUAAUAUGAAAAGGAAUGUUUUGAAUCUUGUCUAUUUAUGAUAUGCUUUUCUCAUCACACAUCAUGUUCAGGUCUUUUUUCCCCUCUAGCGUCUUAUUUAUCCAAAGAACCUGCAGGAUUUCAGAUGCAUGCCCAGUUUCUGGUGAAUGCCAGAAUUAGAGACCACUACCGAUGGAGUCCACAGGUCAGCAUGGAAACAGCAGUUCGUUAGUUGUCCAUCAGCAGCUUUUUCUGGACAACCGGCAGAGGUUGGACUAUGAAAGAGAUAUUCAGGCAACUGCCAUCUUGUCACUGGACCAGAUCAAGACUCUCAGGGGUAACAAUGAAUACACUGAAGGUCCAUCUGUGGUGAAAAAGUCUGCUCCACGAACAGCUCCAAGACAAGAAAAACAUGAAAGGACUCAUGAAAUCUUACCAAUAAAUGUGAAUAAUAAUUAUGAGACCAGACCCAGCCAUCCUGGACAUAUGCUACAUCAGCACAACUCAAGGGUUCCUGUUUUGAGCAGAUCUACAAGCAUUGGAAGUGCAGCUAGUUCUGGAAGCAAUAGCAGUGCUUCUUCAGAGCAGGGCCUUCUAUUAAGAUCACCACCAUCAAGGCUGGGCCUGGGUCAGAGAUUUGAAAGGCCAAUCAGGACGCAACCCAAGCCAUCAUCUUUGAUUGUAGAUGACCUGAAAAGUCCUUUGAAAGAGGAUUCUACUCAACAUAAGUUCAUAUGUGAACAGUGUGGGAAGUGCAAAUGUGGAGAAUGCACAGCACCCAGGGCCUUGCCUUCUUGCUUGGCCUGCAACAGACAGUGCUUGUGCUCAGCAGAAAGCAUGGUGGAAUAUAGCACCUGUAUGUGUCUGGUCAAAGGAAUUUUCUACCACUGUUCCAACGAUGAUGAAGGGGACUCGUAUGCGGAUAAUCCAUGCUCAUGCUCCCAAUCACACUGCUGCUCACGGUACCUAUGCAUGGGGGCCAUGGCUUUGUUUCUUCCUUGCCUGCUCUGUUACCCUCCUGCAAAAGGAUGCCUAAAACUGUGCCGUGGGUGUUACGAUUGGAUGAAUCGUCCAGGAUGCCGGUGCAAAAACUCCAAUACAGUUUAUUGUAAACUGGAAAGUUGUCCAUCUAGGGGUCAAGGCAAGCCCUCCUGAUUUGUGGAGAGAAAGAUUCAGUUCCUCAGACACCAUCUCUCAGAUUGUGGCUGACUUUUCUGUCUUCAUUCCCCUUUUUUCUUAUCAUGCCCAAGAUCCUCUUUCACUUCCUUUGCUUAUCUCAGUGAAGGGCAAAUCUGAAUGCAGUGGCCUUCGGUAAGUGUGGCUCAUGUGCUGGUGUCUUUUUUCAUCUUGGCAAGUCAUCUCAGGACUCUUGAGUAAUAGACUCCUGAAAGAAGUAAGGAGGGUACUGGGUUUUUCUGAAGUUCUUUAUUCUGCAAACAACUUUCCAAAGAGGCUGUUUUGUUUUGUUUUGUUCUAUUUUUAACUAACUUUAAUUACUUUCAAGUGGUUUUUUUUUCCAAUUCUUCCCAUUCCUCUUUUUAAAAAAAGGCUGCACAAUCCAGUUAUUUCCAUUAAACAAAGCGGAAAGGAAAGAAAAAAGAUGGGUUGAAAUUUAGUAAACCUAGUCUCCUGCCCAUCCACCCCCAUUUUUUAAAAAAUUAACCACCUACAGUUGGCUCAUUCCUUGGCCACUAUUUUUUUCAAUCCAGAUUUUAAAUAUUUACCUUCAUUGCCAUCAUUACAGGUUUCUUCAUAAGCUUCUGUUGUUUUCAGACACAGACACACACACACACACACACACACACACACACACACACAGCCUAUCUGUCACUUUUAUUUUGAUACUAAAGUUGGUUUCUUCAUAUCUGAAUAAUACAGGUAGUAAUACAGCUUAAGUUGUAUAAGCCUUCUUUGCUUUCUUAACCCUUCUAUUUCUGUGGUUUAAAAAGUUUAAUUCACCCUCGGGCUGAGUAUCUUUCCUCUUCUAUUUUUAUUGCCUUAACCACAUAUUGUGGUGCUUUUUGUAUAUUUUAUGUAAAAUCACAAAGUUGAAUUUUGACUAUUUUUAAGACAAAGGUCUGUUAAAACUUUUUUUAUUGUAAAGAAUAUUUAUUAUGUAAAUCUCUAUUAUUUUAUGAUAUUUAUUAUAAAAACCUGUUCCAAAAAUGUAUUCCUGUCUGAAUAUUACAAAAUAUCAACAUUUAAUGAAAAUAAGGGUGACACAAGGAAAGUAUGUAUGUUAAACUAUAAUGCAGAAAAUAUAAUAAUUAAUUAAAAUGUCUUGGGUUCUUUAUUUGUUAGUAAAGCUGUUUGUUCUUAGCAGUAUUAGAAGAAAGACUGUACAGUCCUUUACCACUUUCUUUGGAGAUAGGCCCACCGUACUCAGUGGGACUUCACUGUAAGGCCACUGCCGCUUAUUUCUUUUCUCAAGUUUUCAUGACUAUGAAAUCACUUCUCAAUAAUAAUCAGAUUUUUGCUCUGAAGUGCUUUUCAGCAUUGAUGUAUCUUGCUCAUUUGAAAACAAGCACAGCCCAAGAUAUAUUUGUGCAGCUGUAGAGUUUUUCAUAAACUAUACAUUGAUUUUCAUUCUUUUAAUUGUUUUUAAGAUAAUAUUUCUAAGGUGUGAAAAUAAGAUACCAAACAUAAAUAAGAGUUUGGGGGGAAAAAAUGAGAAUUCCUAAAUACUUCAUUUUUCAAAUUAUGUUCAUGGUUUUUCUCCAAAAGAUUCUGUUUCCAGAAUUCAGAAUAAACAAUACUUGUGGACCUAUUUGGUGCCUACUAUAUUAAUAAAAUAUAUUUAAUUGAAUUGAUACCACUGAAACUGUUAGCUGAUGUUCUUUACACUGGUUGUUUUGCCUCUAAACUCCUUACAUGGCAUUUAAAAAAAUAACAUUACCCAUAGUGUAAGUGCUUGAUUUCUCUAAAAUAACCAAGAAUGCAUGUCCAUAUUCAGAAAUCCUGUGUUAUUUAACUACACUAUGUGCCAUAUAAUUCAACCAGCUUAAUAAAUCACAUUUAUUUUAAAACUUCUAAAUAAAAAAGGCAAUACUAUAGUGAGCUUUGAAGCUUUCAAGUGAAUUUAGUUUUUAAAGUGGCUCAUUAUAGUUCUCUUCUAGCUUCCUAAUGAUUACACAAAAGUUUUAAUAAGAAUUAGUGUACCAAUUUCUCUCUUAGUGGUGUUCUGAACCCUUUGCCAUAACUAUGCAUAAGGAUGGAACAUUCACUUGUGUCAUCUGGGACUAGUGAUACCUGAAAUGUUUAUAUAAGUUGCCUUUAUUACUUUGCAUUUUUCAUGGAAAUAUGUUUCUGCACCAUAGUUUCUUUUUGGUUUGUGUCAAUAGCUACACUGUUGAACAUGCUCUCUUCAUUGAUGUGGAGGAUCUGAGUAAACUCAGCUCUUGUGAUAGGCUCAUGCAGUGUUUUUCUUUUCAUUGAAUUAUUAAAAAGUUUACGUAAAAACACUCACUGUAUGUUAAUCACUCAACAUCAAAGCCUUUCCUUUUCUGAGAGGAAAAGUCCAUUUAUUGAGUACUGACAUUUUAUCAUUUGAUUUCCCUCUGUCUUGAUAUCUCACACUAGCACUUUAAUUUAGCAAAGACAAACUCAAAGCCAAAAUCAAUCCAUGAUGAACUCCUCUGGAUGUGUUUCUGUUUGCAGAAGAAGGUGAAGAAAAAAUUACCCCACUUCAAAAUCUUUGGUUUAUCUAGUCUUCGCACUUUCUCUGAAUAUAGUAGAAUAUUCCAAUCUUUGCAUAUAAACUUUUGUGCCCAGUUUUAUCAAAAUAUUUAAUAAACACAGUCUUAUUUCCA